GCGACAUUCCUUGUGAUUCCUAGUCAGGUUUCGGCGGGCAGCGGUCGCUGUACCUGCGCCGCAUUUUACGGUUAUUUCAAAAUGGCCGCCACAGUAUCGACGCCGAUUAACACAGUUUCGCGGGAGAAUUUAGUGGUUUUGAUCAGGAACAAUGUGUUGAAUAGUUCCGUGGAGUUCACGCCCGAUACUGAUGCGAUGGAAACAGAAUCUCCUGUGCGCAAACGAGGAAACCUACAGCCAAUAAUAAAGAAACUAUUCCAUUCUCCAAUUUCUCCACAAAGUCCAGAACAAACAGCUGUAACUAGGAGAAAGAUAGAGAAGAAUAGAAAAAGAAAGAGGCAAGAGAUGCUCAUUCCAGAUUCUGAUGAACAAAUCAAGAUGGCGUAUGUGAAAGAAAGGGACGAAUAUAGCCCGGACGCGUAUGCGGGAAUGAGAAAGCGUGUGCUGAUCAGUCUGUUUCAUAACAAAGAGUAUUCUAUGGAUAUGGGUGAAUAGAAGAUAUACACUGAAAUGAAGCGACAAAAUGCAUCUUUUCAUAAAUGUUAAAAUAGUUUUCCCCUACAAUGUGUAUUAAACCUAAGUCUAGAAUAAUGUCAUAAGUAGGUACGAAGGUUAUAUGGGUCUCCAUCUAAUUACAAUAUAGUCUUCCAAGAAUUCGUAAUGAUGAUAGAUAUAUAAUUUUGGAAUAUGUUUUGUAGUUUUUAAUUUAAUCAUCCAGUAGGUUAAUUAUAUUAUUUAUCAUUAUAAUAUUUUGCAUGAAAACAUUUUGUUUAGAAAGGUCAUGAUUUGAUAACAUGAAACCCGGUCAUGCGUAUCAGUUGAUAUUAUUAUUCACACUCAAAAUAAAUACAUUCGUCUGUACUGAUGGAAAUUAUUUUUAAAAUAUUGUAGUAGAUUGUUUAUAACAAUAGUGUGGUGUAUGAAAUGUUUUUAGAUUAAUUUAUAAUUGAAUAUUAUAUUAAGACUAAGCAAUAAAAUAAGGUCUUCCUAUAAAUAUUUUACAUACCUAAUAUCUAAAUAAGACUGCUAGUAAGUAAGUACCCUUAUUAUUUUAACUUUAAUAAUAAAAAUUAAAUAAGU